AUGGCGCCAAGAAAAGGAAUGUUUAUGUCAAACAAAGUGAAACCAACGGGAAGUUUCAAAGAAAAUUUUAAAGCUACUAAAGCACCAAAUGAGAAACCAUCACAGCAAGGAAGUAGCAGCUUUUUCUUUAAACCAGAUCCAUCUCAAAAUAAAACCAUCAAUGAAGGUUUUAAACCCAAAACGAGUUCAACAGAAAGGAAACCUUUUGAUAAAAAAAAAUGGAGAAUGCAAAGGUACAGUAGAAAAUACAAAGUACAGCAGUGGGAAGAUAGAAGAAAAAAGGAAGUUUUGAGGGAGUAUUACAAGCAAAUUGAUGACAGACCAAAAUUUGAUGUGAAAAAAAUAUAUGAUGAAAAUGAGCUUGAUACAAAUAAUGAAACUCUCCUACAAACAGAACAGGAAGAAGCCCCUAUUGAAGAAAACGAAUUUAAGAAGAACAAAAAAAAAGCUGAAAAAAAAGAAGCUCUAAAAAAGAGUAAAGAAGAAAGACUUGUUAAAUUUAAAAGAUUGAAUAGAAAAACCAAAAAGGGACAACCGAUUAUGAAAGAUAGGAUGGAAUUUUUAUUGGAACAGAUCCAGAAGAAUAUGCAAAAGUGA